UCUAGUACGCGUAUCUCAGUGCAAUUAUGCAUCUCUCUUUUGUGUUGGUAACGGUAUUUGCAGCCGUUAGAAGUCGCGCGAAUUUAUUUCAAGAGUGCGCCAAAUUAUACAAUCCCGGAAACUAUAUGGGACACUUGCCGUCUCUCAAAUUACCCUACUUAGGGGAUGUGCCGAUUCCCAAUAAUGUGCCCCCGAUAAAGCCUUCUGCGGUUGCCAAAACGAAGGCGAUUAAGGUGGUGACUACGUAUGUUUACAAAAACCCGGUGUGCGUUAAGUACUCUAAGAAAAAGGGAAUGUGUAAAAAAGACAAUUCUGUUAAACAUAAAGGUGUGUAUGAACAAUUGGUGACUAAGGAAUAUUUUGUGAGGGAUCGGAAACUAAAUCGUAUUGACCAGAAUCGACAUCGGAGAGAUUUUGAUGAAGAGAGUAAUGAGUAUGCCAAUGAGAAUUUUAAUACCAGAUACAAGAAUCCCCACUUAAGAAAAGCGGAAGACGACGAUUACGAUAAUUAUCUCAACAAUUUAGAAAGCAGCGAAACUAUCACCUUAUCUAAGGAAAACAGGAAGACCCCCGAACUCUCAUCGAAAAACGUAUAUAACAUGCUGAUAGAAGACAGAUUAGACCAAUUAGAAACCAUUUUACCACAUUACACGAGAAGGCGAAUAUAUGAGACGUCAACAAUUACGGUGACAAAAGUGCUGACCAAUCAAAGGACGAUGGCGACGUUGAUGGUGAAAAAUUGCAUCCCUUACGGGUUCGAUUUGUGCGAGGUUGAGACAGCGAGAAAAAGGCGGUCGAAAGUUGCCAGACCGACAAAUAAUACGAACGAGAGUUACUUUUUUGGUUAAAUUAGAAUAAGAGAUUUUAGACCAGGGAAUUUGGAACAAGAAACAAUGGAAUAAAUCGAUUUUUAAAUACAGCACAUAGAGACUUACAACUUUUUGAAUUGUGUUCAGGAUGACAUCAGGAAAGAAGUCUACAACAGAAAAAUGGAUGGAAAUACACAAUUGCGCUUAAAGUGCAUAAAAUGCAUCCAACAGUGCAUAACCCUGUCAAAAUAAGUAUAUUAAAGGUACAUUAAAGGCCAGAUUUUGUUAAUGGGGAAUUUUGAAGACACUGAACACGAAUACUCCAUUAGAACCGACCCCCAGUGUCACUUCUGAGGCACGUCAUCUGAAGUUUCGAGAGUUCCAUCCAUCCAUCCAAUGGCACUACAGCCCAAAUCGAGCCUUGGCCUCCUUCAAUAAGCUUCUCCAAUCAUUUCGAUUUACCGCUGUUCUUUUCUUUUCCAUGAACGCGUUCCCAGGAAGUUCCUGGCAUCCUCAUCGACUUCGUCUUCCCAUCUCUUUUUAGGUCUUCCAACAGGUCUUCUUCCGUGCAUUCUUGCAUUCAGCAAUUUUCUGGGGAUUCUAUUCUCAUGCAUGCGGACCACGUGCCCUGCCCACCGUAAUCUCUGCAGUUUAGUGUGUUGUGCUAGAGUUGGUUCGCUAUAUUGCUCGUAUAUUUCUCUAUUAUACCUAAUUCGCCAGUUGUUAUUUUCACUUAUUGGGCCCAGUAUGCUACGUAAUUCUUUUCUUUCAAACACAUCUAAUGCAUUGGCAGAUUUCUGUGUCACCACCCAUGUUUCGCAGCCAUAACUUACUAUGGGCCUGAUUAUUGUUUUAUAUACCCGGAGUUUUGUUUUCCGGUGUACGUCUCGCGUCUCGCGAUUUGAAUAUGUGGCCCAUCGCGAAAUAGGCUUUAUUUGCCAGCACAAGCCUUCUAUUUAUUUCCGGUUCUUCUUCAUUGCUUGCAACCAGAUCCAUUCCUAGGUACGUGAAUCUAUUCACAUGUUCUAUAUCGUCAAUAAAGUGUUGUUGCGCCGGUCUAUUUGAUCUGGUUUUGUAUGAGUAGUUUUGUUUUAUUUGUGUUUAUUGCUAGCCCUACUGCUUCUGCACUCUGUUUCAACUCAACGUAGGUUUCUUCCGCUGCAUUCAUUAUUCUGCUCAUUAUGUUUAUAUCAUCCGCGUAUGCUGCUAAUUGGGUAGAUUUGUUUGUAAGUAUGUUAUUUCCACUCACCGUCAACCGUCUAAUUACAUAUUCAAGAACAAGAUUAAAAAGCGUUGGAGCCAGUCCGUCGCCUUGUUUCAGUCUUUGCGUUAUCGUAAACGCAUCAGUGAUCUGUCCUUGAAUACAUACUUGUGCUUCUGUUUCUGUCAUUGUCAUUUGCACUAGUCGUAUUAAUUUUGAUGGAAUGCCAAAUUCUUCCAAUAUAUUAGGUAGAAUUGUUCUAUCUAUUGAAUCAUAGGCUUGUUUAAAAUCUACAAAGAGAUUGUAAACGUCCAUGUCAUAUUUCCAUGCUUUGGCUAGUAUUUGUUUAACUGUAAAUAGUUGGGCAAUGGUAGAUCUAUUUUGCCUAAGCCCUGCUUGAUAUUCCCCGAUGAUUUCUUCCGUGAGAGGUUGAAGUCUUCGAUUAAGGAUGUUUGUGAAUAUUUUGUAUCCCGAACAAAGUAAAGAGAUGCCUCUAUAAUUCUGACACAACAGUUUGUCUCCUUUUUUAUGAAUAUGGCAGAUUAUACUUUUCUUCCAUUGUUGGGGGAUUUCUUCUUCUAUCCAUAUCUCUUGUAUUAGCUGGUACAUCUGUUGUGUCAAAUUCCGUCCUCCUUGCUUGAGUAGUUCUGCCGGUAUUUUAUCUAUUCCCGGUGCUUUAUGGCUUUUUGUAUGUGGAUUACCGUUUGGACCUCCUCUAGCGUUGGGGGUCUAGUUAAUUCAUUUUCUUCUCCAUCUUCCCCCAGCUCUUGUUGUUAUACCUCCUGCCGUGCCUGCUGCUGCCUCUGUUGUUGUAAUGGUGGUUGUGCCCCUUUGUUUAAUACUUCCUUAAAAUAUGUCAUCCAGUUUAUCUUACUUUCGUCCAUAUCGCUAAUGAUUUCACCCUUCUUAUUUUUGCAGAGGUUAGUCUUCGGUUUGUAUCCCUGUCUUAAAUGUUUAAUAAGUUGGUAUGCACUACGUGUUUCGUUUUCCUUAAACUCCCUCUCUAUGUUUAGUAUCCGUUGGUUUUCGUACUUUCUCUUUUUCUGCCUGCACAGUUUAUCUGCUCUUCGUCUUUUGUUCUCAAAUUCUGUUUUUCUCUCUCUAGUACGUCUGAGUAUGUAAUUCUUAUGUGCUUCAUUUCUUUCCUGUAUAGCUUGUUUUCAUUCUUCAUCGAACCGUGUUUCUUCUCUCCGUUGUGUCUUUGUUCCUAUGACUUUUUUCGCUGUGUUUAGUAUGAUACUGCUUAUGGUGUUCCAUUGAUUUUCUAUUGUGGAGUCUGCUCUGUUUUCUUCUAGUAAUUUUUCAUCCACUGUUCUCUCAAAUCUUUCUUGUACCUCAGGGACUUUUAGGUUAUCUAAGGUUAGUUCUUCUUGUUUUGGAUAUUUUUCCUUUACCUGUCGACUGAUUUUGCAUCUAAACCGUGUCUGCACUAGUAGAUGGUCUGAGUCACAGCUUGCGCCACGUCUGCUUUUUACAUCUAAUAUACUCGUCGCCAUUCUUUUUUAAGUCAGUAUAUGGUCUAUUUGAUUUUAUUGUGUUUCCGUCAGGUGAUAUCCAAGUGCCCUUAUGUAUGUCCCGAUGUGGGAAGCAUGUCGAACUGAUAAUCAUAUUCUUUCCAGCUGCGAAAUCUAUUAGAAACUGACCAUUCUCAUUUGUGUCUCUAUGCAAACUAUGUUUCCCUAUUACCCCUAUGUACUCUUCUUCUUUUCCGAUCUUGGCGUUUGUGUCGCCAAUCACCAUUUUAAUGUCGUUGCUUGGUAUUGAGUCAUAGAUUCGUUCUAGAUCUUGAUAAAAGGCUACCUUAGUGUCUUCUUCCUGUUCAUUUGUGGGACAGUGUACAUUUAUAAGGGUUAUGUUAAAGAAAUGCUUUUUUAUCCUAAGCUUGCAGAUUCUUUCAUUGAUGGCUUGAAAAUCUGUUAUCAGGUGCUUCAUUUUAUUAUCUACGAUAAAGGCUACUCCAAAAUCUUUAUUUCCUUCAUCUUUACCACUAUACAGUAUAGUGUGUGUUUUAGUGUCCCGGAUACCUUUUCCCAACCAUUUAGUUUCUUGUACUGCAGUGAUUCCUAUUUUAUAUCUUUUCAGUUCGUGUAGAAGGAUCUUCUGUGCUCCUGGUCUAUUUAGCGUUCUGACAUUCCAUGUUCCCAGCAUAAAUUCCAUAUUCCGUUGCCAAAGUCGUCGUCUUGAUAUCCGUCCAUUCCGAGGCCGAUCUGAAGGUUUCGUAGUAGUACUUUUUUACAAGAAUAGGUUACUGGCCUAUCGCCCAACCCCCUUUUCGGAGGACCAUUUCUUCCUUCCUCGUCAGCCCUGACCCUACUUUCCACUGGGGUUGGUUACCCAAUCUCCGGUAAGGUUGCUCAAGUUCUCCAGGGUUCACCCGUGCAGCCCAAGCCGCACUUCGUGGAGGUGAGGAUCGGAAUUGAGUAGGAGAGGCUAGAGAUGCUAACUGGAAACAGCAUCUUGUAUUGCGCUUCACUACCCCAUUUGAACCCCAAGUUUCGAGAGUUAUCAGUACUAAAUUGAUGCAAACGAAUUACUCGGAGGUUUUUGGGAUUGGUAUACCAUCAGAACCGACACCCGGAUUAUCUACUGACUAGAGUUAUUACGAAAGCAAGAGAGUCGCAUAUUCUGGAGAUUGGAGAGUUUUCAGCACCCAAUUAAUGAAAACGGAUUACACGGGGCAUUUUUAUUGUUGCUGACCACGAAUAUGCCAUCAGAACCGACCUCCGGAGUACCUGGUGCUCACGAUCACUGCUAAGACACGUCAUAUUCUGGAAUUUUGAGGUUUUUCGGCACUAAAUGCAUGCAAAUAGAUGACUAGGCGGUUUUUGGGGUUUCUGCAACCUCCGGAUUACCGGAUACUUAGGGUCACUGCUAAGACACGUAAUAUUUUGGAGUUUCGAGAUUUUUGAACAUUAGGUGCACAGGGGGUCGGUUCUGAUGACGUAUACUUAUUGAGAGACCCCAAAAAUCCCCGAGUAAUUUGUUUGCAUCAAUUUAUUACCAAAAACCCUCGAAACUCCAGAUGACGUGUUUUGACAAUGACCUUGGUGACGGGGUCAGUUUUUAGGGCGUAUUCGUGUUCAGUGACCCCAAAACUUCUCGAGUAACAACAUCUGGCCCUUAAUAUACUUAUUUUGGCAUGUUUAUGCACUUUUGACUGCAUUUUAUGCAGUGUAAAUGCAAUUAAGCAUUUCCACCCACUUUUCUAUUGUAGACAUUAUUCCUGACGUUAUUCCGAACAAAGGUGCUAUAUUUAAAACCCGAUUUAUUUUUACCUAAAUACCCUGGUUUAUUAAAGGGAGUUUAAGAAUCUAAAAUUUUAAGUGAUGUAGUUAUAUACAUUUCAUGUUAUUUUAAUUUAUUGAAAUAAUUAAAGGGGUUUAAAAAUUGCAAAGCGGGGAAAAUUGCAAAAAGAAGUUAAGUCACACUAAUGCUGUAGAAGGGUGUUAUAAAAUGAUUGUCGAUACCUGUUUCAUAUUUUCAUUACUAGAGCAAUUUUACUUUCGUACUUCUUAUGAUGUACUGGGUGUCCCAAUAAGAAUGGCUCUCGGCCAUAUCUCAGGAACCGUUUAUAGUACAUUUGAGAAAAAAAUAUUUAUAACAAAAGUUGCCUCGGGAAAAGCCUGGAAAUCAUUUUCAUAAUUGUAGGUUCACCGCUAGAGGGCGUAAUUGAAUAUCAAAAAUUAAAAAAUCAAAAUUUUACAAAAUUUGCCUAACGAAAGGCCACUGGAAAUCCGAUCAUCGUAUUCUUCAUAAAAUUCUGCGCUUAUUUGAUUUCACAAUUUUAAGUCUACCUUUGCAAAUAAGAGGUGGGGGUGAGUGGGAACCUUGUUAUGAAAAAUGGCUGAAGUCCGGUUUUGCUAAAUCGAAUUUUGCAAACUUGGUCUUUUUGAAAAAAGCUCUUUUUCGUAAAUCUAAGAGUUAUAAUUUCGAAACAGCCUGUUAAGUAAUAUGCUAGCUAGGGGGCGUUAUUUAAUUAUUUUCAGAAAUCUAGUUUUCUUUGGAAAAUAUUAGCAACUUAGCAACAGAAUAGCGAAAACCGCAUGUCGAUACCUUUUUUCUAUCUCGAGAUAUCUUAACAAACGUGUAAAUUUUAAACAUAACUGUUACUGUCACCGAUAAACGAAGUUAAGGAAAGGUAGUGUGCUGUGGAAAAAACAAAGAAAAAUUUUUUAGAUGUCAACGUGUAUUAAUUAAAACAGCAAUAGGACAAACAACACUAUAAAAUAACAAAGAAAUAAAAACUACUUAGUGACGACUUAAAUAUUCAAAUUAUGGCCCAUAAUUUUCGAUGCAAGUAUUUACUCUUUAAGAGUAUAUUAAACAGCAGUCUCAAUUUCUACUCUCUGGAUCAUGUUUUCUCGAGUAGUGGGCCUAGCGACAAAAACAAGUUCUUUAAUCCGCCCCCAUAAAUAAAAGUCUAAAACAGUUAAAUCUGGUGAUCUGGCUAGCUAAAAAAUAGGCUUCCACGUCCUAUCCAUCUAUCAGCGAAUGACUCAUCUAAUAAAUCUCUUACUACUCUGGAAAAAUGCGCGAGACAACCAUCGUGCUGAAACAGCAUGGACCUAUGAACUGCUAUCGGUUCGUCUUCUAGAAAAAGAGGCAAUUAAUUUCUUAAAAAAAUUAGAUAGCGUUCACCAAUAAUAGCAUUAUCGAAAAGAAAGGGUCCAAUUAUUUGACUAUCACCAGAUUUAACUGUUUGGAGUGGGGACGGUUUGGUAUUUCACUUUUAUUUAGGUAUGGGGAAGGAUUAAAGACCUUGUUUUUGCAGCUAGGCCUACUCGAGAAAAAAUGAUCCAGAGAAUACGAAACCCCAUUCAAAGCAUUUCGAGAGCAGAAAAAUACUGCUGUUAAAUCUACUCUUGAAAGAAUAAAUGCUUGAAUCAAAAAUGAUAGGCAAUAAUUUCGUCACUAAGUAGUUGUUUUUAUUUAUUUCUUUAUUAUAUUUUAUAGUGUUGUUUGUCUUAUUGUUAUUUUAAUUAAUUAUAUACGUUGAAAUCUGGAAAAUGUUUCUUUUUUUUCCACAGCACACUACCUUUCCUUAACUUCGUUUACCGGUGACAGUAACGGUUAGGUUUAAAAUUUACACGUUUCUUAAGAUAUCUCGAGACAGAAAAAAGGUAUCGAUAUGAGGUUUUCGCUAUUCCGUUGCUAAUUUGAUCUAAUUUUGUAAUACAGGAUUAAAAUGCAUACUUGUAUUUAAUAUUUUCCAUAGCUGGCAUAUUACUCAACAGGCUGUUUCGAAAUUGUAACUCUUACAUUGACGAAAAAGAGCUGUUUCCAACAAGACCAAGUUUGCAAAAUUCGAUUUAGCAAAACCGGACUUACAGCCAUUUUUCAUAACAAGGUUCCCACUCACCCCCACCUCUUAUUUGCAAAGGUAGACUUAAAAUUGUGAAAUCAAAUAAGCGCAGACUUUUAUGAAGAAUACGAUGAUCGGAUUUCCAGUGGCCUUUCGUUAGGCAAAUUUUGUAAAAUUUUGAUUUUUUAAUUUUUGAUAUUCAAUUACGCCCUCUAGCGGUGAACCUACAAUUAUGAAAAUGAUUUCCAGGCUUUUCCCGAGGCAACUUUUGUUAUAAAUAUUUUUUCUCAAAGCUGUACUAUAAACGGUUCCUUAGAUAUGGCCGAGAGCCAUUCUUAUUGGGACACCCGGUACAGUAUAGUCAGUAGAGCGAACCAUUGUCUGUUGAGUGUCUACCAAUAAUCGAAAACAGUCGCAAACUCGUAAAAUAUACUUUACCUGUUCGGGUCAAAGUCUCAGGAAUAACUUAUUUCUGUGGACUAAUAAGCAAUAUUACUUAAUUGUUUAUAGUUUUCCUAAACUAUUAUUUUACGUAAAAUUACUUUCCAAGUUAAAAGUGCAUAUCAUUAUAUAUUUUACUAAAUUACUCCAUAUUAUAUGCUCCAACAGCUGAAAAAGAAAAACUGAAAGUCUUAAGCAAACAGAAAUUGUAUAGACAUUUUUUCUACUAGCUUUAUGUAAAAAAUUAGUAGGUACUUAAGUUGGUUUUCGUGAUUCGUGAUAGAAAGUAAAAACUAGGUGCAUUUUUAUUUAUUUUGUUAGGUUUACUGUUUAAAUAAAUAAUUUAUAUUAGACAA